CAAACUCUGCUUAUCAGUUCGUUGUGAAGGUUUAUUGUUGCGAGACAUAAAGACAAGAUUCAGGUGCGCUAAAUACUUCUCCUAAUGGCGAAAUCAGUCAGAAUGACAGCGCGAAAGUAAACGGUUAUCGACCUGUAGCCUCAACGCUGGUGUUUUCCGGUAUUUGUUAUUACAUCCAUCCUCUGAGCGAAAAAUAAAAAAUAUGUUAGACAAAAGAUCUCCAUUGAUCUAAUUCAGUAGUUUAAUCAAAAAUGGCCAACGAACGAGAAAAUCUCAGUCCAGUUGAAGAUGCAAAGGCAAAAGUACCAACGAUACAGGCCACAUCGGUGCGAGCGAAGAAAAAACGACACAACAAAAGUGAUUUGGGUGACAAUUUUGUUGCACCGGAUGGCGGCUGGGGAUGGUUUGUGAGCAUUGCUAGUGGUGCGAAUACUUUAGUGACAUUUGCGACAGCUCAACAAUUCGGCAUUAUUUUUCGCGGGCAUUUGGACGAUAUGGGCAUAACAAGUUCCCAGCUCACCACAAUUAUCAACACCCAGUUGGCGGUUUCUGCUGUCUCUGGAAUAUUCAAUGGACCUCUGUUUCGACGCUUUUCAUACCGGCAGGUUGCGUUGAUGGGAUCGUUUUUAACCUUUACGGGCUUAUUUGGAUGCGUGUUUGCCAACACAUUUCUGUUUUAUUUGUUUGCCUAUUCCGUAUUUUAUGGGUUGGGGCGAGGAUUUGUUGUUUCAGCUUCGGCAUUGGCCAUAAAUACCUAUUUCAAGAAGAAACGACGGGCGGCAGCCUCCUACCAAUUUGGCGUGGCCGCUUUGGGUCCCAUAGUAUUACCCUAUGUGGCCACAUAUCUGCUGAGCAGUGUGGGUGUGAGAUAUACGGCUUUGUGCUUUGCGGCCCUAUCUUUGAAUACUCUGCCCUUCUCCCUGGUCUAUCAACCAGUGAGGUGGCAUGUUAGGAGACAACAUCAGGAUGAGGAAUCUCUGCAAAAUAAUAAAGAGAAACCGGUGGAUGAAACUGUAAAGGUACUCCCUUACAAUGAAAAUCAAGAUCAAAACUCUAAGUUGGAGAAAAAGUCAAUCCUUACGAAGAUGGUGACAUUCUUCGACUUGGAUCUAUUGAAGGAUCCCAGCUACCUCAACUUGUCGCUGGGUCUGACGCUAAUCAAUUUUGCAGAAAUUAACUUUGCCAUAUUAACACCAUUUAUAUUGUCCGAUUUUGGUUUUGAGAAUAACCAAAUAGCCCUGGCCAUGUCACUGCUGGGGUUGUGCGAUCUCAUCGUACGUUUUCUGGUGCCAUUCAUAACGGCCAACAUAAAAUUGGGCAACAAGGUGUUCUUCGCAAUCGGCCUUCUGGGAAUGUGCAUCGGGAGGACAGUUCUUUCCUUCCCCACCACAUUUCAUGCCAUGGUGGCCAUAUUUCUGUGGCUCGGUUUGAGUAAAGGUUUCCGUACGGUAUUCUGGUCGCUCAUCCUGCCUGGCUAUGUACCACUCAAACGAUUGCCAGCUGCCGUGGGACUGCAGAGAUUGAUGUCCGGAAUCUUUUCUAUGGCAUGUGGCCCCAUAGUUGGUCUAAUACGGGAUAAAUCGAGUUAUUCGAUGGUUCUGAACUUUUUUAAUGUUCUCUGUGUCUUGGCUCUAUUCAUGUGGCUUCUGGAGGCCAUGAUACGCAAAUACCGCGGAUAUACAUCGUCACCAGAGACAGGCAAUUCUAAGCAGUGAUACCGGGUAAAAGGUCCCCAAAAUGUUUAAACAUAUAUUGAGAAGUGCAACCUUAAAUUGUUCGAUUUUACGCUUAAUUGUGAAUAUAAUUUCGACAUCUUUAUUAUUGCUUGGAUAUUUCGGUGAUGUCUAGAAAAUGUUGAUUGUUUCAGCCUUAAGUUACCACAUUUUUAGUGGAAUUUAUUGUAAAACGUGCAAGGCUCAGAAUUUAUUUUAAACCUAUUGCUUCAGUUUUUUUUAUUGA